CAACUCUUUAUAUGUAGGCCUAUUCGGCAUAUUAAACCGUCGGCCUAAUGCGCCUCUUGUUUGACUUAUCGGACAAACGGCCCUUCGGAACAAUGGGUUACGUUUCGUAACAUUGUUAAAAUAAUGACUAUCGUGAAUGAUGACUGAAAUAAUUCACUAUCUUACACUAAUGAUUCAAUGCCGUUUGAAGUUUUUUAAAAAUAACGAACCUCAUCAUCACUCGAUUGACUCGAUGCCGUAGUAGGUGUCAUGUCACAGCUUCUUGGCACAUACUGCCCACCGUAGUUUUUGGACAUGCGAGCACUAUUAGUUUGAAUGCAAUAUACAAUUGUACCACUAGAUGGGAGUAAUUUUUACACAGUGUCCCUUUAAUAGAGGCAUCUUAAAUGCAAUUUCUUGCGAAAUCAGGAAAAGUCUGACCUUACAUGAUAAUGUUGUGAUGGAGGUGCUUCUCACUCAGAACAUUAUGAGAGAAUGUGACACAGACUUUGUUAAUUUCCCUGGAUACAUCCAGAACUUUCAAGCCGACCCAUUUGCCACUCAUAUGUACAGUGAGACAGGGUUAGGGAUUUUGGUUGCACAUAUGAGGAGGAAGGAACCAGUAAAACUGUACCUGGACGCCACAGGGAGUGUGGUAUCCAAGAUCCCAGACCAGAAGAAGUUGUUUUAUACUAUGCACUUGUUUUACCUGGACAUGGUCGUUGUGCACCCCCCUUGCCUGUGGCAGAGAUGCUAACGAAUGACCACACUGUACCCUCGAUUACCUACUGGCUCUUGCAGUUUCUCCACACUGUUCGUAAAUUCACUGUCCUGACAGUUCGCCAAGUGGAGACAGACUUCAGCUGGGCGCUGAUGCAGGCUGUUCUCCUAUCCUUUAACAAGGAAAAUAUUUGUACCUAUUUGAGGAGAUGCUUCGCCAUCAGCCAGGGCAAACGGCAGAUGAAGGCCAUCCAGAAGUAUACUGUGCUCCACCUUUGCUCGGCGCAUGUGCUCAAGGCCAUUAGUGGAAUCAUUGCUAAGCACGUGACUGAUAGAGGUCACAGAGAAUUUUUGACUUUUGUGUUUGCCAGGCUGCAGAACACACAAAGUCUGAAUGAGGCCAUCCAGGUGUUCAGGGCCCUGUGCAUCAUUUUGUUUGCAAAAAGGAAUUUACCUGUUGUAAUAAACAGUGUGGAGGAGCUGAAAGAGAUGAUACAGUCAGUUAACUUUGAUGUAUUGUCUGAGGACCAGGUCGAUGCAAAGACCUUCAUGACCUUUGAAGACCUUGAAGCUGUCGAUUCCAGGACGAUUGUCGGCACGUCUCCGUUUUCGUCUGUCUUCCGACGCAUCUCUGAUGAUGCUGCCGAAGCAGUGGAUUCAGAGCCAAAUGAAGAGGAGGACAAUCUCUACUACUGCCCUGCCAUAGUCCAAACACUCCUCGACAAAUACAUGUCCAUAUAUCCACUCUGGAGUGGGCUGAUGUUGGGGGAUCUGUCACGCCAUGCUCCACGCCCAAACAAUCCAGGGACGAAGGAGAAGGAGACGAGGGACACAAAUUGCCACGUGGAGGCAUGGUUCGGGAUUGUGAAGAACCACAUCCUCUUAAAAAAGAAACGAAUGCGUCCUGGAGCGUUCAAAAUAAACGACAUCAGCCUUUCAGAAGAGGCAUGGGCCAAAAAAAAUCACAUGGAAGCAAGUACCAGCUCUAAAUCCAGGUCAAAAUAUUAUGCUGCCCCUACCUCAAUGCCUACACCAAGAAAAACAAAAAAAAGAGGUUGCAGAAUAGGUCCAGUUCCAGGAGGUCCAGUUCCAGGACCUGGUGAAAACUCGGACAAGGAACUCUCUGGCAAUGCUGAGGACCCAUCAGAAGAGGCCAGUGAAGAUGGUGAUGGCAGUCAUGAAGCCACAUCAAGCACAAAAACACAAGAGUCAGAGACACAGACUCUUUGGAAAAGGAAGGGGACUGAGGUUGUCAUUGCAACUGUUAGGACAAACAAUGGUAACUCAAUAAUUUGCCUGAGGCAUAAUGACCUCAUCUCACUAAGGCCACACAAUCUGCUUAAUGGUGAGGCAAUGGAGUUUUUCAUUCAAGCCACUCUUUCAAGGAUGGGGGGUGUGCGCCGACUGUAUGUGUUACAUCACUUCGUCAUUGGUGUAAUUUUGUUCGGAGAAACCUCACAAAUCUCAAGGCAAAGUUUAAAGACCGUGGACUUUGAUCAGUACGAUGGUGUGAUUGGAUUUGUUAAUGUAAACAACAACCACUGGAAGUUUGUGUAUCUUCAUGCUCCAACAAGCCAAAUAUUCAUCCUUGAUCCUGCUGACCCUGAGAUUGAUCUGGAAGAGACCAGGAAAGCAGCAAAACGCUUCCGCAAAUACUUUAGGACAAGGUUUAAUCUAAACGGACAAAAGGAUUGGUUGACCUUGGCAUGGAAACCUGCCACAAUUUCCCACACAACACAGAGAGAUGGAACUAGCUGUGGAGUCUUUGUCAUGGAGAUGGCAAGACAAAUAAUCCAAAGCUUUCCAGCAAUUCCAGAGGAACUCAACAUUGAUUCUCAAUGCAAAAACAUUGCACGUUUAAGAGAAGAUAUGGCAGAGGAGAUGCUUAUUGCCGCAGAGUCCAAAAUGGAUUUCUGCUGUCAAUGCGGAUUGAAAGUUCCUUCGGCCUUCGUAAUCCAAACAAAAGACAUUCUUUGGAUCGAAUGCGGAAAAUGCAACAGAUGGUUCCAUGCAUCUUGCCUUGGAAUGACAGCUGCCAGUGUUCCAGAGAAAGACACUGCAUGGUAUUGUGAAAUUUGCCUCUAAGAUAAUAGGGGUAUACAUAUUGGAAUAGUCAUGAAUGUUUGAAGAUUCAAUCAAAAAAUGUCUAAGUCUAUUGGUCAUAUGCUAUUCAUGACAGUUCUUGUUCUAUAUUGUUCAUGUUUAUCCUACAAAGUUGGAUCAUUUUGGGGCCAUACUACCCUCUAGGGUUUGAAAAAACGUAAGAAAGCGAAUAAGAAAAUUAAGCUCAACAAAAUUAAAGGGGAAAAAAUACAAAGUAAGGGGACAUUAUUUAACCACGGACAUGGGGUUACCACAACAGGGGAAUGUCUAUUUUGACAACGAAUUUUUGAGAAAUUAUACCAUAAUGUUAUAAGAAAUACGGUCAAUGGCAGCUAUAUCAAAGCAUAAGAAAAUGUAUUUUUAUUCAUCACUGGGCUUUGUUUUUGUUUAAGAGAUAGCCUACAGCCAUAUUUACAAAUCUGUUAUUAAAAAAUGUCUUGUUAACAAUGCCUUUUGUGUGUUUUUCAUAAUUACUCCCAUCCUAUUUCACAAAAAAGGUCACCCAUAAUAAAUGUGAAAAUUUCCUUUUGGUGAAUAUUUGAAACUAUCAAUUGCAUCCUCAUUCGCUAUAAUGCAAAAUUUCAAGAAAUAAUGACCCGUAAUAAGUAAAAGACAACCAUUGGCAAGUACUACAGCAAUCAGAAUGAAAAAAUAUAGUUUUAUUGAUUUUUGGUGAACAUUUGAAACUAUUAAUUGCAUCCUGUUUCACUAUUAUGUAAAAUAUGCACAAAUACUGACCCGUAGUAAGUUAAAGCCCGCCAUUGGCAAGUACUACAGCAAUCAGAAUGCGAAAAAUGUAUUUCCAUUGAUUUUUGGUGAAUAUUUGAAACUAUUAAUUGCAUCCUCAUUCGCUAUAAUGCAAAAUUUCAACAAAU